AUGAAUCCCUUGAAGUGCGCCUUUGGUGUCACUUCAGGGAAAUUCUUAGGAUUCGUGGUGAGGCACCGAGGAAUUGAGAUCGACCCUGCUAAAAUUGAAGCCAUAUUAGAUAUGUCAUCUUCUAAGAGUCUUACUCAGUUAAGGUCUCUACAUGGUAGAUUGGCAUAUAUAAGGAGGUUUAUUUCUAACCUUUCCGGGAGAUGUCAACCCUUCUCUGUUCUUGCAAAGAAAGAUACUAAAUUCGUAUGGGACGAGAAGUGCCAGAAUGCUUUUGAUGAUAUUAAACAAUACCUUUCCAACCCGCCAGUUCUGGCAGCCCUAAUUUCGGGGAAACCAUUAAUCCUUUACACUGCGGCUUUAGACGAGUCUUUAGGCUCCUUGCUAGCUCAA